GCCUGCUGUCAUCAUCGCCCUUCUUACUCCGCCAUCAUGGUUAACAACUUUGAUGAUCUCACCGAUUUCCUGCGGGGUGCCGCCGUCAGAGCUGGGGAGGGUUUUCUGAAGGCGGUCGCGCCUAUAAUCGAAACGGCCGUCGAUGUGAGCAAGGAUCUCGUUGCGGAUAACUCGCUCGACCUGGCCAAAGCCGUGGACCUCAGCGGCGCUUUCAUCCCAAGCAGUCCACUCGCGUUUGCCUCGGCUCUCCAGCUAGCCAGAACCCUCACGUCGGUCAUCGCAGGGGAUGAGGAUAAAAGUGUCCUCGAGACAAUCGAACGGCUGGAGAAGCAAGUCGCCCCCUUCACGCAGCAAGCCGAGAAUGUGCUGCAACAACUGGACGUCAUCAUCAAGACGGGCGAGCAGCUGGAGAAGGAGACCAACGAACGGGUCCGUAGCGCGGCCGUCUCCGCCUACCAGGCUCUCCAGGACGCCGUAGAAGGCGUGCUCAAGAUCGAACGCGGCAACGCGCGUAUCCAACGGGUCGACCCCAGCGUCCUGGCAAAGCUCGAUUCGGCCGUUGCGAGCUUCGAGAACCUGCACAAGGUCAGCAGCACCAACGCGUGGAAGCUCGGUAAGGACUCGGCCGCGCUCAUGUCGUUUGGCGACAACACCAAGACCUUCAAGGUCACGCUCGAGGAGGAGAGGCAAAAGCUGAAGACGCAAAUCAAGAACAACAUCGCGGCGAGGCAGCGGCACAAAGAUCAUGUGGAAAAGCUCAAGAAAGGCGAGAGCACGUACCGGUCUCGAGCGAGGACCGCAAGAGAGGAACUGGACGACGAGUGGAACAAGAUCGGCUACGCCUUUAAGCCGUCGAGCCGCGACAAACAGAAGCUGAUCUUGUCCAACGCGUCGAAGGCCCUGGAGGAAAACCUGAGGGAGCAAAAGGGGGUAGACAGCAAGAUCCGCGGGCUGUACAUGCUGGACACGCUGAUCGGGUGGGCGAUGCGGGCGCUGGACGUGGUGAAGGCGUCGGUGGAGCGGGUGGCCCAGGACUUCCAGGCCAAGUUCCAGCUGAUCACGGACGCGCAGCAGACGUCGGACAAGCUGUUUGCGGGUCUGCUCGGGCUCGCCAACACGAUCAAGGACACCAACUUCCGCACCUCGCGCGACAACUCCCUGCGCGUCGUCCUGGCUGUGCUGAGCCGCUACCAUAAGCUCCGCUACGACUACACCUCGCUGGAGAUCCCUGGGAUCGAGGAGCGCCGGAUCCACCGCGCCAUCGUCGACCGGAUGGGCAACGAUGGCGCGAAGAAGCUACUGGAGCCGCCUAAGCCCGCUGAUGACGACGACGAUGCCAUAAACCGCAAAGUCCCGAAGAUGGACGCAGAGUAG